CCCAUUCGAAUGGGAAAGCAUAUCAACGUUAAACCCUAACAAAACCCCUUUUGGCUUUGAGAGACAUAAAAAUCGACUCCGACGAAAAUGAAUCUGAACCGUUCGAUAUCCACCGGAACGUGGCUGGUGAGGAAGCUUUGUACGGCAGUUGAGGCUGCGACGGCCGCGAAAACGGGUCAGCCUGGAAAUCCCAAUAGGCUGUAUCGGAGGUUAUCGGCUUUGGGAGCGACGGGAGAAAGCGUGGCCAAGACGUUAAACCAGUACGUUAUGGAGGGCAAAAUGGUCAGGAAGUUUGAGCUCGAGAAAUGCAUCAAGGAGCUCCGCAAAUACCGCAAGUACCAGCAUGCCCUCGAGAUAAUGGAAUGGAUGGAGUUUAGGAAAAUGAAUUACUCGAAAGCUGACUAUGCCAUACGCGUGGAUCUUAUGUCCAAAGUCAAGGGGAUAGGAGCCGCUGAGGAUUACUUCAGCGGCCUACCAGAAUCUUCAAAGGACCGAUUCACUUACGGUGCACUUUUGAACUGUUAUUGCAAGGAACUGAUGGAAGAAAAGGCAUUGGCACAUUUUGAGACGAUGGACGAGUUGAACUUUGCUUCCUCUACUUUGGUCUUUAACAAUCUCAUGUCUCUGCAUAUGAGAAAGCAGAAUCCAGAGAAAGUGGGUCCUUUAGUGCAAGAAAUGAAGAAGAGAAACCUCCCUCUGGACACGUUUACUUAUAAUAUAUGGAUGCAGAGCUACGCGGCCUUGAGUGAUUUUGAAGGAGUAAAAAGAGUCCUGGAGGAAAUGGAAACACAAGACGAAGAAAAAUGCAGUUGGUCAACGUAUAGUAACCUGGCUGCCAUCUAUAUAAAGGCGGAACUUUUUGACAAGGCAGAGCAAGCCCUUAAAAAGUCGGAAGAAAUGAUGAAACCCCUGAAGCAACGAGCGCCGUACCAUUUUUUGAUUAGCCUCUAUGCCUGCACUUCUAAUCUAGGCGAGGUGAAAAGGGUAUGGAAAACGCUCAAGAAAUCUUUCCCCGCAACAAAUAAUAUAAGCUAUCUUGUAAUGCUUCAGGCCCUUUGUAAGCUAAACGAUAUUGAGGGGUUGAAAGAUUUGUUUGAGGAAUGGGAGUCCAUUUGCAUUAGUUUUGAUAUAAGGUUGGCAAAUGUUGCUAUACGCGGGUACCUCAGUCAGGGCAUGCAUGACGAAGCAGAAUUGGUCUUUACAAAUGCCAGUAAGAAGACUAAAGGGUCUUUCAUGAAGGCUCGGGAAAUGCUUAUGGUUCACGCCUUGAACACCCGUAAGGUGGAUUUGGCUGUUAGCCAUCUGGAAGCUGCUGUUUCGGAAAGCAAGAAUGAGGAAUGGCAUCCAUUCCCAGAUACCAGAAUUGCAUUUCUUAAGUAUUUUGAGGAAGAGAAACAUGUUGAUGGUGCUGAGAAAUUUUGCCAGAUUCUGAAGCGUCUAGGUUGUCUCAGUUGCAAUGAGUAUUAUGUGCUGCUUAAGACUUACAUAGCUGCAGGAAAAUCAGAUCCUGAGAUGCGUCAGAGAUUGAAGGAAGAUCAUAUUGAAAUAAGCCCCGAGCUUGAGAACUUGCUUGAAAAGGUUUCCGCAAGUGAAUUGACUGCGUAGAGCAGGCCCCUAGAAUUUUGACACAUUAUUCAGUACUUGAACUUGUAUAAGGGGAUCUUUCGAGCUUUCAGUAUUUCCAGGUUGAGGCAACCUGUAUUGUAUCGAUACGCAAGUAUGCAGGCAUAGAUUUUUCUGUUUAUGGUAUCAAAACAUUUAUUGCACUUCAAUGCACAUGCUUGUCAUUGACUCUGAGAAUUGGAACGUACGUUUUUAAUCCCAUACUUGUAUUACAUUCUGCCUGUACAGAUAUAUUCAAAUUCGUUAUAGAUGAA